AUGUCAUCCCUUAAUAUGGCCACCUUGCUUCCACUCCUCCCUCUUCUCGCCUCCCUUCCCUCCGCAUUGGCAUCACCUUACCGAUAUGUCGGUGGCGAGGAGCUGCGAAAGCGGGCCACGACCAACACCACGACCCCGCUUGGGUUCGAACAAGUCUCUGCAUCCAUGGGUAUCAGUGCUCAAAUGAUGUUCCUCGGUAACACUGAAAAAGUCUACGUCCUCGACAAGACAGAGAACAACCCUGCGACUGUCACUGGACCCUGGGGCACCCACCCCGCUUGGGCCGUCGAGUAUGACCUCGCCACCAACGAUUACCGAACCAUGGACGUCUUGUCCAACACCUUUUGUGCUGGAGGCAGUGUUUUGGGUAACGGAACAUGGGUUGUGUUUGGAGGUAACAAGCCCAUCACGACCGGUGGCAAGGACAACGUCGGAUCCGCUGGAGCUUACUCGGACGAAGAUGGUGGUUCAGCCAUCCGAAUGAUGGACCCUUGUACCGAUGAAUCGUGUGACUGGCAACAGCCCAACAUUGGCAACUUCAACUUGACCAGCUCGGCCGGAGGAUACCUUCUCAUGACUUCCAAGCGAUGGUACCCUACCGUCGAGACUCUGGAAGACGGAUCCGUCAUUGUCAUUGGAGGAGAUAUCAACGGAGGAUAUGUCAACGAUGUCUACCAGGACAACCCAACCUACGAAUUUUUCCCUCACAAGGGAACCGAUGAGCCUAUCCAUCUUCAAUGGCUCGCAGACACACUCCCCAUCAACCUUUACCCUCUGACUUGGCUCAUGCCUGAUGGUCAACUCUUCAUGCAGGCGAACCGAUCGACUAUCCUGUACAACUGGAAGAACCAGACUACCACUCAACUCCCCGCUAUGCCGUACGCUGCGCGUGUCUACCCCGCUUCAGCAGCCACCGCCAUGUUACCCUUGACCCCAGAGAACAACUACACCCCUACUGUCUUGUUCUGUGGUGGAUCCAAUCCCCCUCAAUGGGGUGAUGGUAUUGCUGGAUACAAUGUCACCGCCGUCCAGGCAGACAACACGUGUGUCCGGAUCAACCCCAUGGACGAGAACCCGGAAUACAUCACGGAUGACUACAUGUUUGAGGGUCGAAGUAUGGGAGAAUUCGUCAUUCUGCCAGAUGGAAACCUUUGGAUGGGUAACGGUGUCGGAUACGGUACUGCCGGUUACGGCUCUGACAAGUGGUCCAUCGGAAUGUCUUACGGUCAAGAACCCGUCUACAUGCCAGCUCUUUACAACCCUAACGCCCCGGCUGGUGGACGAUGGAACCGAACGGGUUUGACCGCAUCGAGCGCUGAACGAAUGUACCACUCCAGUGCCAUUCUCUUGCCCGACUCGUCCGUCUUUGUCUCUGGAUCGAACCCCAACGCCGACUUCACCACCGAGCAAUGGCCCAGUCGAACGGACGCUGAAAAGUGGUACCCAUGGUACUACAACGAGCCUCGACCCACUCUUCCCAGCUCUGCACCUACUUCGUUGAGUUACGGAGGAGAUGCGUUCAACGUCACUCUGGACACUUACGACCAGACCGCCGUUGAAUCCGCCCACGUUGUCAUCAUCCGAGGAGGUUUCCACACUCACGCCAUUGGAUUCGGACAACGAUCUUUGACCCUGAACUCGACAUACACUGUCAACCAGAACACCAACACGUCCAUGCUUCACGUUGCCCAAAUGCCAAACAACCCUGCAUUGUUCCAACCUGGACCUGCUAUGAUGUUCCUCGUCGUCAACGGUGUUCCAUCCAUGGCAAACUGGAUCAUGGUCGGAAAUGGUCAAUUGGGCGACCAACCGACCUCUCCCAACGCCGACUUGCCAGCUUCAAGCUACGUCGCUUUGAACACUUCUAGCAGUGGUGGAAGCAGUGGAAGCGGAAGCGAUUCCAGUGGAAGCAGGAACAAGGAUGGUGGUGCCAUGGCAUUCGCCAAGGCUUCCCCGGUAUCCGUUGGAUUGUUGGUCGCUGCGGUCGGGUCAUUGUUGGCGUUGGCUUAG